CUGGCAAAGUUACCAAUGCUCCCGCGCCAGCGCGCGAUUAAUCCACGCGGGGGUGCCUGGGGGUGGACGCGCGCGCGGAAGAGGAGAAGGAGGAGGCUGACGGUCGCAGGGUAUCCCGGGUGAUAAACGGCGCGGGAGCUCCCCAGUGUCCGGGCGCGCGACCUUGGUCGCAAGGUCGUGCCCAAGUUCCAUACGUCGAGGUGUCUCGCCGCGACACUGUCUCGCGUUCCUCCGCGUUUCGCGCGAGUCUCCCGACAAUUUAGUCGAUCGGGAGAUGCGUCGGGCAUCCCCCUCUCCCUCUCUCGCCCCCGAGGUCCGCGCUUUUGCGCGGUAUUCGGCUCGCGGGUGAGCGCGACGUUUCUGGCUGCUGCGAGGGCGGGAUGGCGACGUCGACGACGUCGUCGCGCCCGGAAGAGCCCCAUUGACGCGGCGGAAGGUCGAUUGAGCGGCGACUGGGACGACUAGGGUGGCUUCGCUCGGGGUAGUUUCGCGAUUACGCCCCGCUCGAGCCGCGGACGAGAUUCGAAGAUGUGGGCGACCGUGGCGGGCGUUUCUCUCCUUCUGUACCUCCUCUGCGCGAACCUGCCGGGUGUCGCCGUGAACGCGGACGCCCUUGACUGCGGCGGCCACUUGGCGGGCGCCCGGGGCGUCGUGCACACGCCGAACUUCCCCGGGCCGUUUCCGGUCCCGAUCAAGUGUCGCUGGGUGAUCGACGUGUCCGACAUCCCGUCGACCAACAGCUCCAUCGUCGUCUACCUGACGCAGCUCUACGUCUACAAGGGGCUGCGCUUCACCGAGUACGCGUACUACGAAUCCGAGACCAUGAACUUCGGGGCGGCCCUGGUUAAGGAGGUGACCGAGGGCAACGUCUUCGAGUAUCGGCGCCUGAGGACGUUCCGGCCGUUCCUGGUGGUCGAGUUCGAGCUCGAUCGGCUCGAGGGCAAUCACGCCAGGGUGCUCGACGACCUGCUCGACGUGUACGGAUUCAACGUGACGUACGAGAUGACCGAGGAACACCCGAAUCCCGACUCCUGCACCAUACGCGACUGCUCCUUCGCGGGCAACUGCCUCGUCUCUGCGGACUACACGUCCUUCUGGUGCGAUUGUUUCGAUGGCUUCAGCGAAAGGAACUGCAACGAAGGUCCGUUGUGCUUUAACGACGAACAUAUUCCAGUUUGCCAAAACGGUGCUACAUGCAGACAAAUUGGGGCAGAAGCGAUGCGCUGUGAUUGUCCGGACGGGUACGUCGGGCACAACUGCGAAACCCGUCUUUUAGACACUUCAGACACCGACUGCGCUUCGGAGAAUUGUAUACUACAAUGUCCUGUCGACGAGCGGCAGCAGCCGUGCGCUUGCAAAGACAGCACGAAGAUAUACAACAAUCGAUCGAGGUACGAAUGCAGAAUCAAGUUAUCGAAUGUCACAUCUCUCCGCACCGGCCUGAUAUCGCAACACGGAAGUUUGGAAUCAUUUGUCAGCAAGCAGCUUGCAAAAUACUUGAGGAACUCCAAUAUCACUUCCAUGGAGGAAUUAAAAAUCCUGAACGUGACGCCAACGGCCGAAGUUACUUUUCACUUUUUCGGAAAUUCCGACGAUGGGGAUAAAAUUCGCGAGUCCCUCAAUCGACUCGUGCAGCGUCGACGUCUCAGCGAAAUUGCACUGGAGUCCACGCACUUCACCUUCCAGCAAAAGCCCACGCUUAAGUUACAGAGUCUCCGUAUUAAUCAGGUGAACGAUUACGAGGUUCACCUGGGAGAGCAAAUUAUCUUGUCGUGCGCUGCUCAAGGAAGCUAUAGCAUAAAUUUUACUUGGUACAAAGACGGCAUGUUAGUGAACACGAGUAAAGCUACGAGAGAAAUCCGGAUUCAUCGUUUGCCGAACGACGGAUCCGAUGUAUCCACGUCGACGUUGACGAUCGAGAAAGCGACUCUGCUCGACGCCGGUCAGUAUACGUGUCAGGUGGUUGACUGGGGUGUGCAGCAAUGCAAAGGUAUCUACAUCGAGGUCAGGGAUGAACCGGACGUGAAGGUGGUGCCGAUGAGCGCCACUAUAGAGAAAGGCAAUAAUAUACAGCUCACCUGCAUGACCCCCAACAUGCGUAACAUCGGGAUCGGAUUCGGUUGGACGAAGAAUCGCGCCUUGCUCAAAUUGGAGCCCGGUCGUGCGGUCUGGGAAGAUCUGUAUCCAGCGGGUAGCAUUUUAAAGCUCACUAAUAUUCAGAAAUCUGCGAUUUACACCUGCAACGUGGCGCACAAGUCCAUGUCCGUGCGAGUCGAAGUCAUGAAUCGAACGCUAAUACCGAUAUGCUUCAAAAUGGAGUCCUGGGGUUUGCAGUGGCCAGACACUGCGCCUGGAUCAGAGGCGCUGCUAGAGUGCCCUCGGUAUUUCGUAGGCCGACAAGUGUCCAGGCUCUGCUCGAUGAAAGACGCUACCACGCCCGAAUGGCAAAUACCAGAUUUCUCAUACUGCUUAUACAAACCGUUGAUUUCACCGUAUAACAAUUUUCGAAGUCUGACAUUGGGUUACCAGAAGACCACAAGCUCGGACACGAUCCUCGCCUUUUGGGAGAUCUUGCGUAAACGUGCACUGCCGCUCUAUCCUGGUGAAGGCGGUGGUAUAAUAAGCAUGUUAGCGGAAAUCGAAAGUUAUCAACAUAGUAUUGAUCCACAGGCUGCAUACACCUCUGCGGAGACUUUGACUCACAUAAUAAAUCGCAUAUUGAGCGAUGAACACUCGAUCUUGUGUCAAGAGAAACUAUCGAUGUUACUUCAGCUUACGCAACGCAAUUUAAUCCACUGGUCCAAACAGCUGAAAGAUGCAUAUAAACAUCUGUCUCUGUCAUCCAUGGUGGUCGAUAUUCAGCAAUUGCAGUCUCAGAGUGGAGACAGUAUAACGCACUCGCUUCAAAUACCUUCGUCCGAUUAUGUAUAUCCUGAUUGGUAUGAGGACAAAAUAGCUAUACGAUUAUGGAAGAAGAAACAGCGCAAUAUAAAAUCUAAUAACACACUCACUGGAAUCGUCAUUGUGUACAAAAACAUGUCACGUUUUAUACCAACAGCUUACGUUAAAGAGCUCGACGACGGUACAGACUUAGAAUUUCGCAUCAAUUCUCGAGUGAUCGCCAUCGCGGUGCCCUCCUUCGAUGCCGACAAAUAUAACAAGAUAUGGGUCGAUCUGCAAAUCCGGCAUUUGCGAAAUCAGACGAGCUCCUGGAACACAUCGUGUGGUCUGAUAGAUAACACUGGAUCAUGGGAUCUCAAUACUUGCAUUGCAAAUACGGUGUCCGGCGACGUGAUGACGCAUUGUUUGUGCCCUACUACGGGGACGAUAGCUGUUUUCUUGACGACCCGUGCAGUAAAAGUAAUAGUUGCGAAAAAGGAGACCACGUUUAUGAUAAUAUUCGGAUGCAGUGUCGCUCUUGUUCAAUGCUUACUGUCUGUUCUGAUACUAGGCAUUUCGUGGUUGAAGCACAAAACCUGGCUAAAUUUCUUAAAACUUCAAUGCUGCUUGGCGUUGAUAGGCGCGAUGGCCAUCUUUAUUUUUGCCAUCCACACACACCUUCCAGAAUCAUCUUAUUCGCUCGUGGCGAUGGGAUUGGAGGCAUGUCUCCUCAUAAGCAUGUCUGCGCCUAUCUCUGAGGCUCUAAUUGUAUACGCCCAGCUUACGCAGAUCCAACCGAGUCAACAUCUUCAGCCGACGGUGAUCGCUGUGAUAACUGGUGUCCCGAUCUUGGCUGUAUUCGCAACCGAAUUGACGCACAAGAGUACCGGUUGGCGACACGAAUCCUGGUGGCUCAUCUACGGCAGCAGCGUCUACACUAUAUUUGUCAGCUGCGCCACGAUUAUGUUUCUAGUGUUCAUAUUGGUUUUCAUAGGGGUGCUCCACAAGGUCCACACAUUAGUAAAGGAGAACGUAAUGAAGAAGGAAGCUGCAGAAGCAAGAAUACGAAUAUUGCACCGUGCGGCUAUCAUCAUGUGCGGCAUCAUCGCCAUGGAGGCAUCCUCUAUCUUCUAUAUAAAUUCACCAUCCAUAAUUUUUCACUACAUCUUUGCGUCCGUAUCUUUAGCUCUGGGCUUCAGUAUAAUAAUCGUAUACAUCGUUAACUGCGAGAAUGCGAUUGUCGGGUCAAUGCUGCGGAGAAUCAGAUGGAAACGCAACACGGACGAGGAACACACAUCGGAGCCCAUCAAAGUGCGCUCGAAAGCUGAUGCCGAGGUGGAGAACAAUUCGGCGACUCCCCCGGCGCCGUCCUCGAUCGUCGGCGAGCCGUAUCGGGAGGUACGAGGCGUUGCCGCGGGUAGCAUAGACAUGCGCGAGUUCGUGUCCGAAUCCUCGUCCGCCUACUCCAAGUCCUCCGUCCCCGCGACCAGCAGAUUCCUGCCGGAGAUCCGGAUAGAUCACUCGGACAACAUCGACCUGGAGAACUACAGCACGAGCCCGCGCAAGUACCAGGAACCGCCGGUGUUCGCUGACCCGGCGUUCUCGACUCGCGGCGCCCGCUGCGUCAACGAGGCGGCGACCUACGGCGUCAACGAGCGCGGCGGCUUCCGUGGUGACGGCAAGAUUUUCAUGCCGGCGGCGAGCGUGUCCCCGGAGCCCUCGGCCAAGGUCCUCUGCAGCGCCGACGUGGAGUCGCGACUGGGCGCGAUGCCGGACGUCACGCUGGCCGUGAAGAGCGACGUCGAGCUGUCGUCGCGGACGACGUCGGGCGCAGAGCCGAAGAGCCGGGAGCACGUGGUGAGCGCCAUGCCCGACAUCGCCAACACGAGCGAGCGCAAGCAGCCGGACGGCGAGGAGAAGACACCGGAGAUCGUGGUGACGGUGGGCGGCUGCGACAGCGCGACCAACGGCAUGCUGGACCGCAUCUCCCACGAUCUCGAUUAUCUGCUUAAUCGCACUCACGCCAAGGAGGGUGCUUGAAACCUACCCGCAGGCUCGCGAGAAAGUAUAUUUAUGCGACGGACAGGCGUAGGUUGUUGAAUUUGUACAAAACGGACCUGCAAUGUAUCAGGUGCUGCAAACCAAAGUCUAAAGUAUAUGUAUUAUACUCCUUUCUUACUUCUUAUACUCUCGCAUGUGUGCGAGAUCAGGGCGCCAGGCAUCAAUUGUAAUCUGAUUGUUGAAUCGACAGUAGUCGUAAAGGUCGAUCAUCGUCGCGCACCAUUCUCAUCAGAAUUUACUUUAUAAAUCUCCAACUUUUCGCUUACGAAUUUCCGUAACAUAAAUAAGUGAAUCACAGGUCGUUUCGUAGUUUAUCUAUAAUAAUACUCAUCGAUAUUGCGUUUUUCCGUUAUGUAACGGACAUUCGUCGUGAUAACGCGACGCCGCUUAUUUGCUACAACAUAACUCAAAAAGAUUAUUUGUGAAACAAGACAAAUAAUGAAGGCUAUGAAAGUCGAUAUAAAAUCGGAUAUUGAGACAAUCAAAUAGGAAAAAUCAAGUCGGAACUUCGAAGAUGAGGAAGGCUGUUAAGUUGAAAUUUCAAUAAAACGUGUGUUCACGAAGGUGAACAGUGAAAUGACUUAACAUUCGAUUUUAUAUUGUGUAGUAUUUAAUUUUUGAAAUAUCAUUUGCGUGUGACCACCUACGCUCAACUCUUAUAGCCUUUUUUAUUUGUUUUCAUUUAUAUCCACGGAGUCUUAAUUUUGUUUAUUAUUUAUAAAAGAUUGGUGAGAAUUCGAUACUUAUAGGUGAAAAGCUAAUAUAUAGCUAGAUAUUUUUAUUCCUUUUCCAGUAAACAUCAAUUAACAUUUUUUUUAUCUACAGUUAAUACAAUAAUUAUAAUUCCCUACUCAACAAUAUAAGUGUAACAACUCAUGUAACAAUUGCAUUGUUGAGUAGAAAAUUAUAAUACUGAUGUUACUGUUAGUUGGUGUUUCCUGGAUUACAAUUAGUUACUACACUAAAGUCAUAAUUAAAAACGAUAUUACAAAGUUUUAACAAUUCAAGACAUUCAAACUGAUUUUCCGGAGAACUUUGAUUUCUUUGAGUUAUGUCAUUAUUGUCGCAAAUGUAAACGAUACGAACGUAUCAAGAGCUGUAAACCAAAGUCUAAAGUACAUGUAUUACAAUCUAUUUUUAUUUCUCACGUCUCGCAUGUCCGAGACCAGUGCGCCAGACACUAAUUAGUAAUCUGAUGGUCGAUUGUUGAAUCGGUAGUAGUUGUAAAAGUCGAUGUGAUCAUCUUCGCACUCCAUUCGUCAGAAUUUAUAAAUCUCGAAAUUUUCACGCUUCAUUAUCAGACACUUGUAUUCACGUCCAUUGUAUAUCGUAAGGAGACUUAUCGCACAAAUAAAUGAAUAGAUACGCU